UGCUGGGAGUUGGAGAGCCGAGAGCCGAGCUCGGAACUGACUGCAAACUUCAGUGUCGCGGCGACUCACCAGUUUCACCCCGGGAACUUUCCUUGGCAGGAGGAGAAGCGAAGGGGUGCAAGUGCCCCACUUUUGCUUUCUUCUCUUCUCUUCCUCUCCAAUUCGUCUUCCCCAUUUGGAGCGGGCAGCUGCGGACCCGCCACCCAUUGCCUAGCUAAGUGCUCGCUGCUGCAGCCAGGUGACGCGCCAACUUCUUGGGAGCCGCUUGCUCCUUGUCCGCGUCCGGGCAGCCGAGGGGAGAGGAGCCCGCGCGAGUCCCCGAGCCGCCGCGGCUUCUCGCCUUUCCCGGCCUCCCGCCCCCUGCCCCGGGCCUGCGUAUGAAUCUCCUGGACCCCUUCAUGAAGAUGACCGACGAGCAGGAGAAGGGCCUGUCCGGCGCUCCCAGCCCCACCAUGUCCGAGGACUCGGCUGGCUCGCCCUGCCCAUCAGGCUCCGGCUCCGACACCGAGAACACGCGGCCCCAGGAAAACACAUUCCCCAAGGGCGAGCCGGACCUUAAGAAGGAAAGCGAAGAGGACAAGUUCCCUGUGUGCAUCCGCGAGGCGGUCAGCCAGGUGCUCAAGGGCUACGACUGGACCCUGGUGCCCAUGCCGGUACGCGUCAACGGCUCCAGCAAGAACAAACCGCACGUCAAGCGGCCCAUGAACGCCUUUAUGGUGUGGGCGCAGGCGGCGCGCAGGAAGCUGGCCGACCAGUACCCGCACCUGCACAACGCGGAGCUCAGCAAGACGCUGGGCAAGCUCUGGAGACUGCUCAACGAGAGCGAGAAGCGGCCCUUCGUGGAGGAAGCAGAGCGGCUACGCGUGCAACACAAGAAGGACCACCCGGACUACAAGUACCAGCCACGGCGGAGGAAGUCGGUGAAAAAUGGGCAGGCCGAGGCCGAGGAGGCCACCGAGCAGACGCACAUUUCUCCCAACGCCAUCUUCAAGGCGCUGCAGGCCGACUCACCGCACUCCUCCUCGGGCAUGAGCGAAGUGCAUUCCCCUGGUGAGCACUCGGGUCAAUCCCAGGGCCCACCGACUCCACCCACCACCCCCAAAACCGACGUGCAGCCGGGCAAGGCUGACCUGAAGCGAGAGGGGCGCCCCCUGCCAGAGGGAGGCAGACAGCCCCCCAUCGACUUCCGUGAUGUGGACAUCGGCGAGCUGAGUAGCGACGUCAUCUCCAACAUUGAGACCUUCGAUGUCAAUGAAUUUGACCAGUACCUGCCGCCCAAUGGCCACCCGGGGGUGCCGGCCACGCAUGGCCAGGUCACCUACACCGGCAGCUAUGGUAUCAGCAGCACCGCAGCGACAUCCGCCGGCGCCGGCCACGGGUGGAUGUCCAAGCAGCAGGCACCACCGCCGCCCCCGCAGCAGCCCCCGCAGGCCCCUCAAGCCCCCCAGGCACCCCCGCAGCAGCAGGCGGCGCCCCCACCGCAGCAGGCAGCGCCCCCACAGCAGCAGCAGGCUCAUACGCUGACCACGCUGAGCAGCGAGCCUGGGCAGUCCCAGAGAACCCACAUCAAGACGGAGCAGCUGAGCCCCAGCCAUUACAGCGAGCAGCAGCAGCACUCGCCGCAGCAGAUUGCUUACAGCCCUUUCAACCUCCCUCACUACAGCCCCUCCUACCCGCCCAUCACCCGCUCGCAGUACGACUACACCGACCACCAGAACUCGGGCUCCUACUACAGCCACGCAGCGGGCCAGGGCUCUGGUCUCUACUCCACUUUCACCUACAUGAACCCCGCCCAGCGCCCCAUGUACACCCCCAUUGCCGACACCUCGGGGGUCCCGUCCAUCCCGCAGACCCACAGCCCUCAGCACUGGGAACAACCCGUCUACACACAGCUCACCAGACCAUAAGGAGACCUUAAACAAAGGGCGAUGAUGGCCGAGAUGAUCAUACAAAUAAUCCAAGAAAUAAAUAAGCAAGCAGAAUUUCCUUUGGACAUUUUUUUUUUCCUGUUCUCUUAAAGACACUUAAGCUAAAGGCAACUCGUACUCACAUUCCAAGACAGAAAUGUUACCUAUCCAAACGCAGUACCAACUUGUUGUGAAUCAGUGGCCAGGCCACUCUUGGCUAGAUGGACCAGCAGCAUUGAAGAGAAACCGGACUUAAACUUCCGAGCAAGUGUGGAGAAUGACGGAGAGUCCUGCGUGCGACCAGUUUGCUCAAUUCUCCCUGCCAGUUUGGACUUUGUAAUUAUUUUUUAGCAGUAAUUAAAGAAAAAAAAAGUCCUCUGUGAGGAAUAUUCUCUAUUUUAAAUAUUUUUAGUAUGUACUGUGUAUGAUUCAUUACCAUUUUGAGGGGAUUUAUACAUAUUUUUAGAUAAAAAAUUAAAUGCUCUUAUUUUUCCAACAGCUAAACUACUCUUAGUUGAACAGUAUGCCCUAGCUUUUCUUGCAACCAGAGUAUUUUUGUACAGAUUUGCAUUCUCCUACAAAAAAAAGAAAAAAAAGAUAGAAAAAAAAGUUUUAAAAAGUGUGUCAUAAUAUUAACAUAAAAAAGAUAAGCAGAAUUGUGUUAUGUGAUCAGUUUUGGGGGUAAGCUUUGCUUAAUUCCUCAGGCUUUCCAAUUCAAGGAGGAGCUGCCUUAAAGAAAUAAUGAAAGCCUUAUUUUGCAAAUAGAGUAAAUAAAUAGUCUAGGAAGCAUUUGGUAAGCUUUAUCCUAUAUAUAUAUUUUAAACAAGAGGGAAACACCUUGAGCCUUAAAAUCAUGCUGCUGGCAAUACUUGCGCUCUAUUUAGCAGGUGUCCUCCUGCCUUUGCUUGUUCCCUGCAGUCUUAAGACAGAAGUGAAAGGUGAGCAAAGGAGAAGGGGUCUGUUUGGGGAAUGUAACAGCAGCUAAGAAGUGCCCCAGUGCACUGCCCCCCUGGUUGCCUGCCUGGCCCAUGUGGACCGCAGAUGCUGGAGUCUGUUUGCUCAGACAUCACCUGUGCCUCUCUGAACACCAGCAGUUAACCUUCAAGACAUUCCACGUGCUAAAAUUAUUUAUUUUGUAAGGAGAGGUUUUAAUUAAGAAAAGAAAAUCUUCCUCCUUUUUUUUUUUUAAUUUUUAUUUACUGUCUUUUAAAAUAGGUUGUUGGAGCCUUCCUCAAAGGGUAUGGUCAUCUGUUGUUAAAUUAUGUUCUUAACUGUAACCAGUUUUUUUUUUAUUUAUCUCUUUAAUCUUUUUUUAUUAUUAAAAGCAAGUUUCUUUGGAUUUCUCAUCCUA